AUGUCCCUGUACAGGCUAGUAUAUGAAAAAUCUUGUCAUUUACCUCUGGAACUCGAGCAUCGCGCGUAUUGGGCUAUCAAAUAUAUGAAUUUUGACCUUCUCUCUACUAAGGAGAAGUGUGCUGAGCGCUUGCUUGAUUUGACUGAGUUCCGGUACCUAGCGUAUGAAAGCGCUAAACGUUACAAGGGAAUGAUGAAGUUCUAUCACGACAGGAAGUUUCAAAAGAAAGAAUUUAGUGAAGGAUCCAAGGUUUUAUUGUAUGAUACUAGGCUCCACUUAUUCCCAGGGAAAUUGAGAUCACGGUGGACUGGGCCUUAUAUAGUCAGACAAGUUCUUCCAAGUGGAGCCAUAACAAUCAGUAAUUUGGAUAACCCCAGGGAAAGAGAUUCCUUCCUAGUUAAUGGAGCGAGGCUGAAGCCGUAUAACGGAAGGCCUAUUUUGCAGUGGGCUGAUACAGAGAUAAAUCUAGUUGAGGUGCAGAAACUCGCUCAGUGA